CACGAACCUCCUUCUUCAUUCAUAAGCCUCCUCUCAACCAAACACACGCAAACUCAAUCAAAUAGCUCAAACUAAAUAUAAAAAAUAAAGAAAGAGAGAAAAAUAUAAUGGCCUCAGAAUCUCAGGCUCAUUUAGGUCUAACUCCAGAGGAAUUCGCUGAACUCGAAACCAUAAUCAACACACACCACAAAUUCGAGCCUUCUUCCCCAAACAUUUGCACUUCCAUCAUAACGCAACGCAUCGACGCUCCACUGUGCACGGUGUGGCCCUUCGUUCGAAGCUUCGAGAACCCGCAAAAGUACAAGCACUUCGUCAAGAGCUGCAACAUGAGAGGUGACGGUGGCGUUGGCAGCAUCAGAGAGGUCACCGUGGUUUCGGGUCUCCCAGCCUCCACCAGCACCGAGAGGCUCGAGAUUCUCGACGACGACAAGCACUUACUCAGCUUUCGCGUCGUUGGUGGCGAACACAGGCUUCAGAAUUAUCGCUCCGUUACGUCGGUGAACGAAUUCAAGAGGGAAGGGAAAGUGUAUACUAUUGUUCUGGAGUCUUAUAUGGUUGACAUACCAGAAGGAAACACCGGAGAGGACACUAAGAUGUUUGUUGACACUGUGGUGAAGCUUAACCUUCAGAAACUCGGGGUCGUGGCUAUGGCUGCCCCAGUGCAUGGACAACCACAGUGA